AUGGCUGGACGUAAUGACGCCGCUAUUGCUGCUGCAUUGGAAGCUAUGGCUGAGGCUAUGCAUACAGAUGAGAAUGCGAGGUCUCGGAGUUUGGCGACCUUUCAGAGAGAGAAUCCUCCUGUGUUCAAAGGAACACAUGAUCCUGAAGGAGCCUUGACUUGGAUGAAGGAAGUGGAAAGGAUCUUUCGUGUGAUGGACUGCACGCAAGAACAGAAGGUCAGGUUAGAAGCCGCGGGUGAAGAGAUUUCAUGGGCGGUGUUCAAAAGGGAAUUUUUAAGGAAGUAUUACCCGGAGGAUGUCCGUGGGAAGAAAGAGACGGAAUUUUUGGCGUUGGUUCAAGGCAACAGGUCGGUGUCUGAGUAUGCGAAAGCGGUAGGAUAUCAGAAGAUUCGGGUGUUUCCAGAUUUGGUGGAUAGCUGUAGGAUCUUUGAUGAAGACAACAAUGCUCAUUAUAAAGUUAUUAAUGAGAAGAGAAACAAGGGUCCACAUAAUAGAGGGAAACCGUAUGAUAGAGGAAAGGCUGAUGUCUGCACCGACGAUGUGAGGAAGUGUUACAAGUGUGGAAGGGUACGACAUAUAUCGCCUGAUUGCACGUUUAACGGGGUGGUAUGUUUUCAUUGUGGUGAAGAGGGACACAUGAGUGCAGCUGAUUGUGUUAGAAGAUUAGGUCUUGUUUUGUCUGAUUUGGGUGGUGAAAUGGUUAUCGAUUUACCAGCAAUGGGGUCGGUGACUACUUCUCUAGUUUGUGAGAAUUGUCCUGUAUCGAUCUUUAGUAAGGACUUUACUGUUGAUUUGAUUUGUUUGCCGAUGCACGAGUUAAACGUGGUUCUGGGAAUGGACUGGUUGAUGAGUAAUCGUGUCCAUAUAGAUUGUUAUCAGAAGUUGGUGAGAUUUCCAUUUCUUGAGAGAGAUGCGGAAGUUGGUGUCUUAUCUACCAAAGAGUUGAAUUUACUGUUGGCAGAUGGGGCGCAUUUGUUUGGGUUGUUUGCAUCUUUGACUGUGGAGAGUCGAGCUGCAGUUGGGGAUUUUCCGGUUGUUUGUGAAUUUCCUGAGGUGUUUCCUGAAGAUUUUUCUGAUGUGCCGCCGAAGAGAGAGGAAAAAUAG